UUGGUUGACCUAUUCGCCUGCAUUUCACUUGUUCUAUUGGACAUGAUUAGCUGGUGAACAUGAUUGUUCCAGCUCGGUUUCCCGGUCCAAGUCCUGAAGAACUCGGAGCUCCACCCGAGGAAUUGCUUCAACCAGAACCUUCAGACGGGGCCCCACCUCAAUCACUGUCAAGCGGAUUUGUCAGAUCCGAUGCCUUACAAGCGAAGCAUAAACGUGCAAUCAUCACAAAAACAGCUGUGGCAGCCGCCGUAGCCAUCGGUCUUGUUGCAGUUGGAGUGACGAUCUAUAUGACCGUAGACACGGGAUCCAGCGUUGAGGAACCCGGAGACGACAUGAUGAAUGUACCACAAACAAUAGAUCCGAGAGUCAUUGUUCCUACAAGGUCGCGCAAUACCACGCAUCCCACGUCUCAAAACGACUCAGCCACUGAGCAUAAGAAUGACAGCAGACACCGUACAUAUGAAGAUGAGUGUAAUGCAGUGAAGCUGGAGAACUGCAGCAGCAACAAUGUUAGUGUGUGGUACGCCACCAGUGAUGACUGUUAUCAAUGGAAGCCAUACACACUAUGCCCGCACACCGUCGACAGCUUCGUCUCGAAGAACACCUGUCUGUCUACCUGUCUCGCAUUGUUCUUUUUAGAUGGGCUGUGUUCGGGAGUGAACGACGCAACAGAUCUUCGGCGCUGUAAGACAGCGGACAAGGAGUACCAAUGGUUCGCUUUUGACGGUCGUUGUCACCAUCUCAACGAUUCGGACGAUGGCUGUCUGGACGGCGUCAACCGCUUUCGCAACGAAACCGAAUGUUUGGAAGCAUGUAGUGGAUCGAAAUCGAAUACCCGAUGCAUGCAGGAAAAGGUAUUGACGGACGAGGCGUGUACAACUGGCAGGAUCUCGUCAUACGUUUUUGAAGCGACUACGAAGACCUGUGUUCCUGCUGCAUUCUGCGCUAGUACAUCAUUUGCCAGCUACGCUGCAUGCAGGGAUGCAUGCAUCAUAGCGUGACCCAUAUUCUGGUCUGACAAAGACCGAAAAGCUUACUACUAUCGGAAUCAUUUAAUGUUAUAAAGAUCAGGAUGAGUUCCUU